AUGGUGCUUCAGGAAGAAAUUAAAAUUCCUGAUAAGGUCUUAAGUGAAGCAAAAGUAAAUGUAAAUACUGUGAUUGAAAUGUACAAUAACAAUGUGAGAACAAAUAAUUCAAGGAUUCGCGUCAAAAGACAGAAUACUAGUGGCGCAAGUAAAUUUACGGAAGCUUCGAAAAUGCCACAGAUAAAACAACUACGAAUAUUUCUUCAAAUGUUUAAAAACUUUUUUGAUUCAUCCUAUAUUGGUGGCAGACAUCCUUUGCAUCAUAAUGUACCUAAAGCUUUCGUAGCCUUGUUUAAGCAAAGAAUUUUCGAAUUUUUCAUGCCUAAAGUCGGCGAAGACAAGGAAUUGGCUACU